UAAUGUCGUAAUUAUACUUCAAAAAGUUUGGUUAUAGUAGAUAUUCUAAAGAUUUGAUUUUAUGAACUUCUCCAAUUAAUUAAAUUUUGAAGUAUGUACACAAAACAUUUUAGACCCUGUAUUAAUUUUUUUGUGCGCAAAUUUUUUCCACUGGGUUAGCUCACUUAGAGUCGAUGUUUUUGGUUUGGAUCAACCAAAAUGGCGCUAUGAAUUUGUAGGGCAAAAACAUAUAUCACUGAUAACCGAGAACAGUUCUUUAUGUUUGAUUUAUCUUGUGUAGUCAUUGUUCUGGUAAUUUUUAUGAAAUAACCUAGUGCUGUCAUUAAUUAUCCGUUUGUUAACUUAUGCUUUUUGAGAUAUGAAGGAAGUGAUUUUAGCUGUUAUAACCUUCGUAUGUAGUGUAUUGUUAGUUUUUGUCUUUGUGUUAUUUUGUUGGUACAUUGUUUGGAAGUGCUGUUUAUCCAAAUUUCGAUUUGUUCGAGAACUACUAGGUGGUAUGUCAGAUACGCCUCCAGCGUCAGAAGUGAGACAACCUAAAUUAAAGAAAUUGGAAAAGAAUAAAUAAUUCAAGAUGAAUAUCCGUUGUGCACGACCAAGUGACCUUAUGAACAUGCAGCAUUGCAACUUAUUGUGUCUGCCAGAGAACUAUCAGAUGAAAUAUUACUUCUACCAUGGACUUUCUUGGCCCCAACUCAGUUAUGUAGCUGAAGAUGAAAAAGGACAUAUUGUUGGAUAUGUUUUGGCAAAAAUGGAAGAGGACGGUGAGGAUAAUCGUCAUGGUCACAUCACAUCUCUAGCUGUAAAGAGAUCACAUCGUAGAUUAGGAUUAGCUCAGAAACUCAUGAAUCAGGCAUCACUUGCAAUGGUUGAAUGCUUUCAGGCAAAAUAUGUGUCAUUGCAUGUAAGAAAAAGCAACAGAGCUGCACUGAAUCUUUACACAAACUCUUUGGGUUUUAAGAUUUUAGAAAUUGAGCCAAAGUACUAUGCUGAUGGAGAAGAUGCGUAUUCCAUGAUGCGAGAUCUGAGUGCUUUUGCAGUUGAUAAUAAAACUGACAGCAAUGCGACAGAUAAUUUAGAAAUCAAAUCUGAAUCAGCAAUAAUAUCACAGUGUUGAUUUAUAGUAAUAAAAGCUUACAUCAUAAUA